CUUGCUUGUUUCCGUAUAUUGCUAUACUGCCUUCGGCCUAUCAAGGUUCUCCAGCGUAAAACCUUCUCUACUCAGAAACAGGAAUUAACCAUAAAGCACACCAUAACGUUGAGAAUAUUGUGAGUUUUUAACUGUUAUGAAUUCUCUGCAAUGUUAUAUAAAGCAGUCUCCUAGGACGGUUGCAUUUCAAAAGGACGAAAGUAUCCUUACUAUACGGUUACAAGAAGACACUACAGAUCCUUAUGUUUAUGAUAUAGGACUAGUUUCUCUUGAAGAGUUUCAAAAGGACAAUGCUUAUGUCCCACUUUUUAACGGCAACAAUGUUAUUUCGAUUCUCAAUAUUCUUGUUUGGCCUGCCGUUGAAGAACAAGGAAAUGAAAAAACAACGCUGGCUAAUAUUGCCAUAUGUGUAUUGAGAGAAGCAGAAACGGUGGCUUCAAUAAGAAAAGAAUCUGAUAUUUUGAGAGUAAAGAGGAUUGACUUUAUUUCAUUGAAUUCUGACUGCUGGGAUAACAAUUUGUUUUCUGAAAAACCAGACGAAAGCAGCACGGAAAAUGUUGAGUUGAACUCGUCUACAGAGUCUUCUUCAACGUCCGUCACAGAAUCUUCUUCUGAAGAUGCUACCUUUGACUAUGAAAUUGGUCUACCAGAAUUAUUGACGGAUGGGAGUUUCUACGUCACACAGAAGGAAGGAUGCUAUGCGGAGUUUGCAGUGAGCACUGAGGAACUCAACCUGAAGGAUCCCUCAAACAAAUGUCAAUUUUUGUGGAAUGGGUGUUUCGUGAAAAACGUUAAGAAAUUUAUUAUGGACCGGUAUCAUCUCCCUAGCCUUGCUGAUAUGUUUACUUAUAGCUUUAGAGGCUACGUCGAAAGCGAAAAGGUGAACGAUGUCACGUUGACGAUUAUUUCGCGCUUGCGCAUUGUGCCGAAUCGACCAACUUAUCCUCCUUCGGGAUUAGAUGACGAAGCAAAUGUCUGUGCAUUUUCCGAAAUAGAAACUAUUGUUCAGCACGAAAACCAAAUAGGCAGCUUCUGUCAAGUGCGUGGUACUGUACCAUGCUUUUGGCAGCAAACCAGCACUUGGUCAGGAAAGGCUACCUUAAUUACCCGUUCACUACAAGCGGGGUUGAAGUCAUUUACGUUGCAUUUUGAGAAACUACUGGCUCAAUAUCAGAAAGUGUAUAUUAUUGAUUUGCUCGGAAGUGCGGCCCAUGAAGUAACGCUCAGUGAUGCUUACAGGAGGUAUCUUCAACAAGCAUUUUCGACAACUAGUUCCAUUGAAGCUGCCCAUUUACGAAACGAUGAGCGGAAUUUAGCUGAUAGAGCAUUUUUGGAGCAACGAUUCAGUGAACUGCUUUCGCAUCAAACGUAUUCCCUGGUAACUUACGGUAACAAACCCGAAGUUUUAUUGCAACAGAAGGGUGUCAUUCGAAUGAAUUCCUAUGAUUGUCUUGGACGAACCAACGGUGUGCAAUCUGUUUUAUCUCAAUUACAGGUAACGGAGAUGUUACGUACUAUGCAUGUCAAUUAUACGAAUGCAGUGUUCGACUUACAUAACCGUUUAUGGGCAAAUACCGGUGAUGAGCUAUCUAAACUCCUCAAUGGAGUGGGUUCUAUUGGCUCGAGUGCUGUUAGGUAUGGAAAAUUGUCAUUUGCUGGAGCGUUAAGUGAUAUCUCAAAAAGCUUGGGUCGCAUGUAUGUCGGAAUGUUUCCGGAUGACACUACACAGGAAAAUCUAAACAUGCUAUGUGAAACGCCGAACGACAACUUAAUCACGUUGAACAAUUCACUUCAGUACUUUUUGCGAAAGUCGUUACAAAAAGCCGAAAAAGAGCAUUCACAAGAGAUUCCUCUGAGCCUGUACUGUGUCACUUUUAAUGCCAAUGGGAAAAUUCCCGAUCCUGCGAGUCUCGAAAAACUCGUGUGCCCAUUGCCUGGUAUUGUCUGCGAUGUUUACGCUGUUGCAGUUCAAGAACUUGUCGAUUUGAAGGUGAAACAGUUACUGAACACGGAUUUCCAGAGACUUCGUAUAUGGGAAGAGUCUAUCCUUAAAACACUGAAUACCACGGAUUCAGAUGAGACAUAUUCACUUGUACAAUCAGUGCAAAUGGCCGGUAUCAGUUUAUCAAUUUACAUGAAGGAACGGUUGUUUCCACGGGUUUCACAAGUCGAGGAAGCUGUUCGAAAGACGGGUUUUGGCGGCUUUUCGACAAAUAAAGGCGCCGUAGCUUUACGUUUCCAUGUGGGAAUGUCUGAGCUUUGCAUUGUUUCCUCACAUCUUGCGCCGAAGGAACGAAAUAUUGCUGAACGUAAUAGCGAAUAUUUCGAUAUCGCAAAAAACCUGCGGUUUUUGUCCUCUAAACGAAUUUACGACAAUAAACAAAUUGUUUGGAUGGGAGACUUUAAUUACCGAAUCAACUUGGAUUAUGCAACCACUAAAAAGCUAGCUUUGAACGGUGAUUUCGAUUACUUAUAUCGUUAUGAUCAACUUCAAAAUGCUAUGAGGGAGGACCACAUUUUUCAUGGUUUAACCGAGUCUCAGUUGACCUUUCCUCCUACCUAUAAGUUUGAUGUUGGAACGAGUAACUAUUGUCCAGAAAAAAAGCAGCGAACUCCUUCCUGGACCGAUAGAAUUUUGAUUACCGAUAAUAUGAGUCGUUUGGUCUACUCUUCUAUUGAUAUUCAAACGUCGGACCACCGUCCGGUAUUUAGUAUUUUGGAAUUCAAAGCUUCUAUGCUAGAAAACAAACAUUACUGGCAGGCUUUGCGGGAAGCAGAGGCAGAGUACAAUAACACAACACAGACGGAUAACUCCGUAUGAUGAUGAUGAUGAUGAACACACCUGGAUGAAUGCACAGUUCAUGAACAAGCAUACGUAUUGAAGCUAAUCAACCGAAAAAGUAAAUGAAGAGAAUAUAAGUAUGUGUUACAAAUA